UUGAUGUCGCAUCUCACCCAUUCGUCUCUCUGCGAUCUCUACCAAUUCAAUCAUGUCGCAAUAUGACGACACGCAUCGCGCCUUUCUCCAGGCGUUUAUGAGCCGGGGCACACUCACCUACACGGAGGCGCAACCAAUCCUCGCCGCCAUCCUGACCGCAGCCAACCCCUCCCGCCCAACCCUCCCAGCCGACAUCGACCGGCCAACCUUCUACGCCCACCUCGGCACCCUCAACACCCACCUCCACCCCUUCGACCUCGAGAUCCGCAACGCCCGCUCCCAGCACACCCGCUCCAUGCUCUACGCCCUCGUCAACACCGCCAGCGACCCCCUCACCCAGCUCGCUACCACGCGCUCCCCCGACGAGCUUGCCUUUGUCAAGAGGUGUCUGGAUGCCAUGUUUGAGACGUAUAAUACGAGGAGUAGGGAGGUGUUGGCUGUUUCGCGGGUGCAGGGGUUGAAUCUUGCGCGUGGGAGGGGUGGUGGGGGGAGGGGGAGUUUGGGGGCUACGCAGGCUACGCAGGGGAGUGCGGGGGCGGGACUGACGAUGGGGCAGGCGGAGAGGGUGCUGGAUGAGAUGGUGAGUGAGGGGUGGUUUGAGGAGAGUGAGGCGGGGUUUGUGAGUUUGGGGACGAGGGCGUUGGUGGAGUUGAGGGGGUGGUUGGUGGAUACUUAUAAUGAGGUGCUUGAAGGGGAUGGGGAUGAGGGGGGUGGUGAGGGUGUGGUGCGGGUGAGGGGCCAGCGCUGCGCAAACUACGACUGCGGCGCCAGACUGCACGACGGCUGCACGCAGCGCUACUUCGAGCGCCAGAGCACGCGCAAGUGUCCGUCUUGUGGUGCGGAGUGGACGGGCGGGCAUUUUGUCGGUGAGCGUGCUGCUUUGUCGGCGGCGAAGGCGAAGGCUUCGUCUGCGAGACGGGGGUGGGGGGUUGGGAUGGUGGAGGAGGAGGAGGAUGAGGUUGGGGAGGGGGAUGGGGAGGAAGGAGAGGGGGAGGAUGGGGAUGGGGAUGAGGGGGAGGAGGAGGAUGGGGAUAUGUCUGAGUGA